AUGUUCGUCGCCAUCAAAUUGCCGUCAUUUGUUGACAAGUGGCGUGGUCGUGGCUUCGCGUACUUCGAUUCCUCUCAGACCGACUGGGUGCUGAGUCCAGUACCCAUCAACAGCACCUCAUCCGCAAUAGGAGCAACUCUCAGAGAGCUCUAUUUGAAGAAUGAAAAAGUAUUAAAAAUCGCUCACAACGAUGAUUGGCCUGAUACACACAAAGCGAAUGGCGGUCGUGGUCACAGCAAGGGUGUAGCUGUAGCGAAUCUCGAAGGCGGAUUUUGGCUAAUACAUAGCGUGCCGAACUUUCCUCCAAUCGGUAUUUCUUACUCAUACUUUUUAUUUCAACUUUUAAAAAUCUAUUCACUUAAUCGUCAUCACGUCAUUCCAUCCUCCGCUAUAAUUUCAACAAUAUCUUCCAUUCUUAGUUUUAUCGGUUACAAGUUCAUGAUCACAUAUGAGUUCCAGCGUAGAAAAAAAGUUUUAACAGCAAAAUAUGGCUAUCCGGAAAGCGGCACGAAAUUUGCACAGUCGCUUCUCUGCAUUUCAUUUGACGUCGAUGCACUUCCGGCAAUCAGCCAAUAUAUGCGAUACGCCCAAGUGACUCCAUUUAUCGCCAAAUUGCCACAAGCACCGUACUUUGAGGACGUUAUUCGCAAGAAAUCCCUAACUCGAUCGGAUACUAUAUUCACCUACUCUCAUACUAUUCAAACUCAGAAUGAAUGUAACAGUCUUUUCGAAGCACAAGAAAUUCAACAAAGGUUCCUGUUUUUCUACUCCGCUGCCUUUCCUUUCUCGGAACGGGAGCACAAAUGUUAUUUCGUAGAUCUUUGGCACGACCUUAUUGCACCCAGUCUCAGAACACCACUUGGUGUCGAAACGUGGAGAAAUGGAGCUGCACAGGAUGUUGGAACACAAUGUGGUGACGGCGCAAAUGUUGGCUUCUCCAGAGUUUCAGAAUUUUUAAACAUCUUAUCGUCGCAUGCAGUGUAUGACGUUACUGAGGUUCAGCUACCUUCAGCAAAAUUUAGCAGCAGUAGCGAUCAUUCUAAAUGGGGUGUAUCAAUGAGAGAGUCGUCGCCGGUCGUAUGCAUUGGUGACGUUAACAGACAGGUAAAGAUUGUCUUUUUGCCUUCCGUUUUCCUUAACAAAGCCACUAAGAUUAUGCGACUCAUUACCAUCACUAUUACCCUUAACAAUCUGUACCUACAAUGCGCGUACACUUGCAUCCGAGUCUUCGAUGGAAGACUUGCUCAUAUAAGCAAAAAGGACAAGGUACGACGUUCUCUUCCUGGCCGAGACGAGAUGAUGUCACUUUCAACGCCGUCUAUGACAUCAAGGAAGAACUGUUCCUCGGAAUAUGCGACAGUAGAGGAGUCGUCCGCGCCGGCUUUCUCUUCAACACGAGUUUGUCCAUGA